AUGACAUCAUCAGCUACCACUAUCCAAAUCUUUUCCUUCCUUUUCGUCGUUGUUUUAGCCGCCGUUGCCUCCGGUCAAGAUCUCAGUCCCUCGUUGGCUCCAGCACCAGGUCCCGACGCCGGAGCUGCCGGAUCUGUUACAAAUUCUGUGGCUAUGAUCGGAGCUUCAAUUGUGCUGUCAAUACUAGCCAUCUUCAAGAACUGA